GACUAAUAUUAUUUACAGGAUGUGAUUUUAGAAACGCAACCCUGAUAUUUGCUUUAGUCGUAUCGUGGUAGGAAUAUGCCAAAGUACAAUUCUGAUAGAAGCGCUCACUUUGUUGAUAUAAGAUUUUAUAGUCUGUCAGUCUAUACUGGUGGGCAACCAUUAAACUGACCUAUUCAGGAGUUCAGUUGUGAGAAACGUCACAUCCGCUUUCUUUUAGGGGCCUACAAGAAGCAAAACAGGGUAGAUGAAUGGCGCUACUUUUGCGCUUUUACUCCAAACACAAGAUACACUGCCUCAGCAGCAUUAGCGGGUGCGGAUUUUUGUUGGAAUAUUUACAGGUCGGCGUUAAAUUUCAUCAGUCUUGUGCAGCGCUUUCUAAAUUCAACUGUUGCAUUCAGCUUUACAGAUGCCAUAUCUGUCUGCAGAUGGCAUGUGCUGUGGCAAUGACGUCGACUGUGACACAUGUGGAGAUGCGUGCCGCUGAGCAUGCACAGCGUGUCCUGUCAACUUUAAACCAGCAGAGAGCAGCGGGGAGCUUUUGUGACGCCCUGCUCAAAGUGACCGACGGGGUUGUCUACGCUGCCCAUCGCAGCGUCCUGGCCUGCUUCAGUCAAAUCUUCCAGAAUGACAACAUGGCCACCGCUUCACCCAACGUGGAGUUUUGCCUUCAAGAGUGCUCCAGCGAGGGCCUAGAGCUGCUGUUGGACUUUGUCUACACCGGGGAACUGAAGCUGGAUCCAAGCGUCUUGGACAAGGUGCAGAGUGCAGCGUCCAGUUUGUGUGUCCCUGAAGCGCUCGCAAUGUGUCACCACUUCAGGGACAAACCCAGGGACGUGGUCCCUCUUCUCAAGCGAGGGCGAGGCAGACCGAGAAAGACAAAUUCUGAGGUUUUCUCCAUCUCAGGUGAUGAGCCAAACAAACUGACAGUGGCUAAAGAGCAGUCCGUUUUGGAGGGGGUCGUAGGUGGCGUGAGGGUCCCCGCCACCGCGACCACCCGCUCGGGCCGAGUGGUCAAAGGGCCCAGACGGAUGAUCUCUGAUGAAGACACUGCAUGUGAUGUCGUGGGCAGCGAGGGAGCCCCGCCUCAUUUUUCAGAGCGAGAACAUGCUGAAGACGAGGAUCAGAACACUGAGCAGCCAACAGGUCAAACACAGAUUAACAAACUGCCGAGCCACAUUAAUGACACAGGGACAGUUGAGGACGAAACCGACUCGUUGGAGAGGACCAUCUGCGACUCUGAUGAGGAGUACAUUCCCACCCACAAGUCCAGUCCCGCGGCAGCAUCUCCGCCGAUUUCUCGACGAUGUCGGCGCAGUUCGCACAAGAGUGGCCAUGGCGAAACGGCGGAGGGAGAAUCCUCUGUGCGCUGUCCAGUCUGUCACAAAGUCUUCAAGAGCAAAUAUUACCUCAAAGUGCACAACAGACGUCAUACUGGCGAGAAACCGUUUGGUUGCCAUAAAUGUGGAAAGCACUACUUCAGAAAAGAGAAUCUUUUAAUUCAUGAGCUCAGGCACUGUACUGCAACACAGACAUUCACGUGUCGGACGUGCUCGUCGUCAUUUAAAGACAAAGAGGAGCUGCGUGCGCAUGUCGUCUCCCAUGUCGAACAGAUGCCCUACAAGUGUUCACAGUGUGCUGAACAAUUCAUGUACAAGAAACACCUGAUGUGUCACAUGAUGAAGGUCCAUGGCUACCCCAAACCACAUGCUUGUCCACAGUGCCCGAAAACCUUCUGGACCCGCUAUGAGCUGCGAGUGCAUGAAGCCUCCAAACACCGCGGGGAAAAGCCGUUUGUGUGCGAGGAGUGUGGCCAUCGAGCGUCCAGUCGCAAUGGCCUGCAGAUGCACAUCAAAGCUAUCCACAGAAACGAGCGCCCCUUCCUUUGUAGCAUUUGCGGCCACGCCUUCUCCCAGAAAAACAACCUCAACAUGCACCUGCGCGUACAUAGUGGCGAAAAACCAUACCAGUGUCACCUGUGCGGCAAAACCUUCCGCACGCAAGCUAGCCUCGAAAAACACCACCGGACGCACACGGGCGAGCGGCCGUUCCCCUGCGACGUGUGCGAGCAGCGCUUCACAGAGAAGGGCGCCCUCCUUCGCCACAAGGCUAGCAAGCACGAAGAGGGUCGCCCCCACUGCUGCCACAUAUGUAACAAGACUUUUAAAGCCAAAGAACAACUGCGGGUCCAUCUGCGUCGCCAUAAGGGUAUGAGGAAGUUCGAGUGUGAUGACUGUGGCUACAAGUUUACCCGACAGGCACAUCUGCGUCGACACGUUCAGAUCCACAAGCGGACCGAAAACUACAACCCGCGACAGAGGAAACUGCGGAACGUGGUCGUGGAUGAGCACGACGGAGGUCCGGGUGACUUUGACGCCACCAAACCAGGAGAGGCCACACCAGUCGCUGUGGAAGCGGUUGCUGGCGCAUCCGCUGGCAUGGGGUCCAGUUGCGUGGUGACAGUGGUGAUCGAGUAGAGCACAUCUUUGUACCGCAAACACAACUUUGGACAUGGAAGAGAAUCUCAUUUAUGUGCUGCUCUCCCUGCCAGAACCGCCUCUGAUUGUCAUAUCAUAGUUAUUGUGCUCGUUCUCGCAUCCGGGAAUCCGAGGGUUUGUGAAAACUGGCAGAACGUUAUUGGUCAACAAGGAGUUAUACCAUACCUGUCAAGUUUUGGAUGUGAAAAUAAGGGAAUUUUUUUUCGGGAUACGCAUACAUAAUACUCAUACUUAAUUAGACUCAACUUAUCUUUGAUGAUUUGUGCUGCCUUGUUUUUUCCUGCUGAGUAUUUCCGUGCGAUAGCACAGUCAGGGAACAUCUCAGCUACACACUUGUUGAAGUCGUCACAGAAGGUGAAAGCAACGUUGUUUUUGGCAGACAGCAUUGCCAGUUUAACCUCCGCCUUUAUUACCUGGUCUGCCACGGUGGUAUUUCUAAUCACAAAUGUUCCCAUAGCCUGGACAUGUUUCUAUGCUUCUAGCCAGUGCAGCUGCUUAGUGCAUGUGAGGCACUAAAAUCCAUGUUACAAAUCGUACAAAAUGCAUGACUGUGCCCCAUCUUGCUCUUUAGAAAAUAAAAUUCAC